UGCUUCCGCGGAUGACAACAAAUGACGUCAUAAUUGUGCGCCGAGCGAGGAAGUACUGCAGACGCGUAUUCUCAUUUUCUGAAUUUAAGAUCAACCAAAAUGGCGAUAUUUCCCAGUUCACUGACAGAGGAGGAGGAAGCACUGCAGAAGAAAUAUGCUAAAUUAAAGAAAAAGAAAAAGGCCCUAAUGGCUCUGAAGAAACAGAGCUCCACCAAUCAGACGGGUCAGAUAGGACUGAAGCGCACUCUGUCAGAUCAGCCGGUGGUGGACACAGCGACCGCAACGGAGCAGGCCAAAAUGCUGAUCAAGUCCGGAGCGAUCAGCGCCAUCAAAUCAGAGAACAAGAACUCGGGCUUCAAGCGCUCCAGAACACUUGAGGGUAAACUUAAAGAUCCUGAGAAAGGUUCUGCCCCAGCAUUCCUGCCAUUUCAAAGGAGCGUCUCUACAGAUGAGGAGCCUCCUGAUUCUGCUAAACGAAUCCACAGGAAAUCCCUGUAUGAGAGUUUUGUUCCUGGAGAUCGAUCUCGUGACGAUGAGGGAGGAAUGUCGAGUCGAGAUUCUGAGCGCGAUCGGGAAAGAGAGAUGGACUGGGAGAGAGAUCGAGAAAGAGACAAAGAGAGGGACCGUGAAAGAGACAAGGAGAGAGAACGGGACCGUGAACGUGAACGGGACAGGAGCCGGGAUAGUGAAAGGGACAGAGACAGGGACAGAGAUCGAGACAGAGAAAGAGACCGAGAGCGGGACGGACCCUACAGACGGUCAGACUCGUAUCCAGAGCGCAGAGGUGUGCGCAAAGGAAACACUGUGUAUGUAUACGGCACAGGUUUAGUGGAAGACAAUUUGCGCUCGGCCUUCGCACAGCAUGGCAACAUCAUCGACCUUUCAAUGGACUCACCACGCCAUUGUGCCUUUGUCACCUUUGAGAAGAUUGAAUCAGCAGACCAGGCUGUGGCAGAGCUGAAUGGCGCUACUGUUGGUGACGUCAACAUCAAAGUCAGCAUUGCCAGGAAGCAGCCCAUGCUCGAUGCUGCCACAGGGAAAUCUGUCUGGGCUUCUCUUGCUGUGCAGAACAGUGCCAAGGGUUCGUACAGAGACAAACGGAGCCAGGUCGUCUACAGUGAAGACUUCCUUUGAAAACAGUUAUUUAGCAUAUGUUAAACUUAUAAAAUGAUCCAGCAUUAGAUUUUGUCUACAUACAGAAAAAAAUUUGUUUUUUUUUAAAGAAGUGAUGAAGUAAAUCUGUUACUUUUCUGUCAUUUUAAUUAGCACAGCAUUUGAGCAUUUUUACUGCUCAGUGUAUCUGGACAUUUAACUCAGUCAUGGAUUUCAGUAAAUAAUCAAUAAACUUUUCCAUCAGCAUGCCUGGGUUGACUUCAUAAUAUGGGCAAACUAAAAAAACAUUACCUCAGUGAAACAUCUUCAGAGUUUGACAGGCAGAAACUGUAAGCCAGUUUUUGAGUUUUUAGAGGUGAUAUCAAGCAAAUCUGAGCUUUGUAUAGAUGUAUUCUGUAUUUGAGUAUGAAUAAUAACUGAUUUACUGCAGACCUCAGCUGUGUGGAACAAGUUUACCCCCGCAACAAUCCACAACAUUAGAUGGUAUUGAUGAAAUGAGCUCUAGUUCAGACCUUCCAGUGCUAUUUUUGCCUAAAGGGAAACAGAACACUGAGAACACAAAUGCAGAGACAUGCCCUGUUAUAUAAACUCUCUGCAUACUAAAAAGAGUAACAUUAUAUCAGAUUUAUUGGGAAACACAAUAGUUUUAGAAUUUUCCUUUUUUUCUCUCUCCAGUGAGAUAUACAACAUUACUCAUAUGAAUAUGAUUGACUAUGGGGAAAAAUAUCAAAACAAACAUUUUUUGUAAAAAAAUGUGAGAGAAACUGCAACACAAUAUUUCAGCAUUAAGAAACAAAGUCUAAGUUUUCAUUUACAAGAGCCAAUGGGUACAUGCACUGUCUGAUAUGUAUCUUAUAUGGACAAGGGGCAUAAGCAUUAAUCUGACAAGUAAUAAUAGUGUAAAAUACUAGUAAAUAGUGUUUUUAGGCUGAUUUUGCUCUUUCCCAUUUGCUCAUUCAAGUAUGUAAAAGCUGUGACUACAAAAAGCUGCCCAAGUGUCUCAGUGUCUUUUUUUGUCCAUACAGUGUAAAUCAGUGGCUAGAUCAGGAUUUGUGUAACCUAACAUACUUACGAAGC